CCGGGGACCCGCCCUUCGUCCCGGCUGCCGCCGCUGCCGCCGCCGCCGAGCCGUGCCCGGGGCUGCCGGGUGAGCACCCCGCCUCUCACUGCCGGCCCGCGCCCGGACAGCCGACCGCCGUCGCGCCGCUCCUGCCGUCCGUGCUUAGGUGCGGUCCAGCCAUGUCCAAGCCGCCACCUAAACCGGCGAAGCCAGGUCAGGUUAAAGUAUUCAGAGCCCUGUAUACAUUUGAGCCCAGAACCCCAGAUGAACUGUACUUUGAAGAAGGAGAUAUCAUUUACAUCUCUGACAUGAGUGAUACAAAUUGGUGGAAAGGAACUUGCAAAGGGAGAACUGGACUUAUUCCAAGUAACUAUGUGGCUGAGCAAGCAGAGUCUAUUGAUAAUCCACUGCAUGAAGCUGCCAAACGAGGCAACCUGAGCUGGUUGAGAGAGUGUUUGGAUAAUAGAGUUGGUGUCAAUGGUUUAGACAAAGCUGGAAACACAGCUCUGUAUUGGGCAUGCCAUGGAGGCCAUAAAGAUGUAGUAGAUGUCCUGCUUACCCAGGCAAACCUCGAGUUAAACCAACAGAACAAAUUGGGAGACACAGCUUUGCAUGCUGCUGCAUGGAAAGGUUAUGCAGAUAUUGUAGAAAUGCUGCUGGAAAAGGGGGCAAGAACAGACCUGAAAAACAACGAGAAGAAACUGGCUUUAGAUAUGGCAACGAACGCAGCUUGUGCUUCCUUGCUUAAGAAGAAGCAGAGUGCAGGUACAGUCCGAACAUUGAGUAAUGCAGAGGAAUACCUUGAUGAUGAAGACUCCGAUUAGCUUUCUUAACUCCGUAUGAAAACCUAUAACUUGCAUUGUCUGUGUUGUUUUCAAAACAUAUCUUCACAACUGUAAAAAUAUCUCACUUAGAGUAUCGCAGUAUAGCCUAUAAAUGAGAGGACAAAAUCAUGCUUUGCAAAGGAAUAAUCUUCGUACAGCCAGAAGAUGUCACAUUUUGAAUCAGAGUUCCUUUUUGGAAUUAUCACAAAGAAAGUGUGGCACACCUUUAUCACUGAGUGGGCAGAGGAUUGUCUUCUAAGCUCACAGGUUUCAUCUCAGGCCUUCCCAACAAGUGCCUUGUAUCUCUGGAAUACUGAAAGGUCCUUGUGGGACAGCAGGACACCACUGCUGGCAUUUCCCCAAAUCUCCCUGGGUAUGUGUUCCUUCAUGCAGCUAAUACUGACAGUCAGUACUGGCAGGCAUAAAUGGAGAUGCUACUGUAGAGAAGGACCAUUGUUUGCCCUGAUGGCAGACGGCAUUACCAGGUUUGAUUUUUAAUUUUGGUAAAACUUUUUCGUUUCCUUCCUGUAUCCCUCUAAGUGAGAUGCAAAAUGACCUGAGACAAUCUGCCUCAGGAAUGCUUUGUCUUCUCUAUUGCUGUGGGACCAAUCCCUGAAAUGUUAACACAGGUGAAAUGCUUGCUUAAGUCAGGUUUGCUUUAGAAAUUCACUUGGACUUUGUGGCUUGAUUAUUUUGUUUUUUGAAGUGUAUUAUGCUGAAAUUAUUUGUAGCAAAAGGAAGACAGAAUAGUUUUCUUUUUAUCCUGCCUAAAAAAUUUUAAUACUGAUCUCCUGCUUUUAUUUUUUGCAAGUGCUCUUAUGUCUUUUCCUAAAUUACCUCAAAAUUUAUGUGUGUUUGAAGUAACGAGGGAAGAUGUGCAUCAAAUAUACCACAGGUUACCUUUAGAAGAGAUAACCUGAAGCUGAAUAAGCAUUUUUAACAUGUAUUGCUGCUUUCUGUGAAUUAAAGGAAAAUGGAAAAUAAAUUCAGCCACUUUCAAGCUCCCCUGCAGAGUUAAAUAAUAGCGCUUCCUUCAGAUUGCUCAAGUAGCUGUAGGCGAGUAUUGCACGUUACUGAGAGAUACUUUCUUAUUGUGAUAAGUAAAUGUUACAAGUAUUUGAUACAAUCUCAUUUUCAGGUUUUUUGGCGCUAACUUCUCUAAUAGUGACUUCUAGCAAAUUCAUUCUAACACAUCAGUCUGUGAUACUAAAACAAAACCAAAGAAAAGAGAAAAAAAUAGGGGAGAAAAAAGCUCUUGUGAAAGACUGGGGAUAAAUGAAAAGCUCUUACAGAAGUCUGGGGAUAAAUGAAAAUCACACUAAGUAUUUAAGAGAUUUUAAAAAGUCUAGAGCACUCCUAAUUUCCCGUUUUACAAAAUACAUUGAGCCAGAUUUUUAUUUUUAUCAUCCUGGAAAGAACCAGAUGCCAGUAAAGCUUGUUAGACUCUUAUCAAAGAAGGCAGUGUUUGAUUGACCAGAGCUGCAUAAGAUGGGGACAUUGCACAACCAGUCAUCUGCAGAUGUAGUUCUAGACAGUUUAAAUGUUAGAACUAUAGAACAAACGUUUUAGCCCUGGGGUUAAAUGAACAGUGAUGUUAUUUUGUGUGAAGAUCCUAGAGGGAAAGAAAUAAAAACCAAAGCCAGCAAUUUUUUUCUUUCUAGAUUUCAUUAGAACAGUUGUUGGACAUAAUUCAUAACAUUUAAGACUGUUCUGCUUCUCAUUUAAUCAGCCAGCUCUUUUACUAGCUCAGCCUUUUAUUGUAGUUAAGCUACAUUAUGCUGCAUACUGCUGAUUAAAAUUACACAGUUUCAAAAUGCAAGCUUUAAAGUCCUGUAAUGAGAGGUGAGAAGGUUCAGGUAUCUGUUACAUGCGUCUUUUUCCUGCAUAAACAAAGCUCACAAGCUUAAAAUUCUUCAGUGACACAGGACAUGGAGAGAAUGCCUCAAGUCACUGUUUUUUUCUCUUGACCUUUGGAGGCAAAGUCUGUAUUCAUAAGUAGUUCUUAAUGUAAUGUCUUCUGCUGCCACGGGUUCAGCAGCCUACAAGGAAGGUGUUAUGCUCACGUCUAUGUAAUUAACAGCUGCCAGAAGACCCUGUGUUCUUCUGCAGACAGAAUGUGCUGCACAGGAAUGGUGACAGAAGUACAAGUUGAGCCCAAGGAUCGCAUCCAAAGUUCUUGUCAGAGUGUCCUGAAGGAAGCACAUCUACAUCACAAGACACCUAGGGAGUGCUGUCAUUUGUUUCCAGGACAAAAAUUACUGCUUUUGUUUUUUUCCCACAACUUUGUUUUUCUUUCUGAAACUGUCUAUUCAUCUUGUGAAAUACAAAUCACUGUGAAAGCUUUCUGGCAAUAAAUUACUUUUUGUCUAACUCCAGGAGUUAAAGUUUUG